AAUCAUAUGGCAGUUUAAACAUGCUUUUUGUACAAUACAUGUAUGGAUAUUUCACCUUUCUAAAUUAUUGUUUUAUUUAUUAUAUUGGGCUUAAAUUAUAAUAAACUAUUUAACUCUUGCAGGAGAGGUGCGCGAGUACUCUCCCACACAGCUGGAAACAUGCUGCACCUGCGAGCUUUCCGCACGAGAGAGGGAUCGCAGCGGGUUGGGAGGAAUCUGAUCUUUCGGGAUCAGCCUUUUCCCCCGAGCUGUGAGAGAGAGGUACCGGGCCCGACAUCCGGCGUGGGGAAUACACGGCUCAACAACCGCGAGCUUCCAUCGAGAAGUCAAGCCCGAUCCCUCACUCUCAAAUCUCGGGUAAAAUAAAUCGGGAAUAAAUUAUUGUUUUAUUUAUUAUAUUGGGCUUAAAUAAUAAUAAUAAUAAUAAUAAACUAAUACACUCUCAGGAGCUCGUGUCUGAGUCUGUCUGUGGCUGCUUCCGCCUCUCUCACAGCUCAAACAAUCCUUUGCUUAAAGUCAAGCGCGAGCCAACUCGAACGAGCCUCCCCACAGCAACGGCUCGCGCUGUGACUUCUCUCCCUGUCGAAGCUCCCACUCAAUCCCUCUCAUAUGGAGCUCCUUGCUGCUUUCGCCGUUGGCUUCUCCAGUCUCACUCUCAGAUCAAGAUCCCUCCGCGUAAAAUCUGAACACACCAAAGAUAAAGUUGAACUCGGUCAGUGUGUCGUGUUUGAGCUGUUAAGUUCACGGACUCGAGUGAUUCUGUCUCAUAACCAGAAAUCCUCCCGUUGAGUUUGAAAAACUGACGAAACAAACUGCGAGCUCUCAAAAGAGAGGGAGCGAUAUCACAGCGCGAGCUGCUGCUGUGAGGAGGGCCGUUCGAGUCGGCGCGCGCCUACUUUACUCACAGGAUUGUUUGAGCUGAGAGAGAGACGGACGAAUCCUCGAGCUCCCAUACGAGAGAGGGGGACGAGGCACUCAUGUUCUCAUUUGCUGAUCAGACACACACAGAGAGAGAGAGGCGUACACAUUAUGUGUUCAGCUGUGAGAGAGAGCUCGUGCCCGACAGCUCGCCCCGUGAACAACGGAGCAGCAAACGAGGAGGAGGGAGUAACUAUCCUCGGAGAGCCGAGCAGGAGAGCGAGAGAGAAACAGUCUGAAAGAAGAGAGGAGACUUCAGCACAGUUUGGAAAAGGAAAGCAGUCUUCGUGAGGCUCAACGGGAGGAUUUCUGAAGAGAAAUAUGAUGGUGAUCUUUCCGAGAGAGAAGCACAUGAGGAGAAGACUUCCUCAAGUAUCAGGACUUUACAGAAAUCAUAUGGCAGUUUAAAUAUGCUUUUUGUACAACACAUGUAUGGACAUUUCACCUUUCAAAAUUAUUGUUUUAUUUAUUAUAUUGGGCUUAAAUCAUAAUAAACUAUAAAACUAUUGCAGGAGAGGUGCGCGAGUACUCUCCCACACAGCUGGAAACAUGCUGCACCCGCGAGCUUGCUGCACGAGAGAGGGAUCGCAGCGAGUUGGGAGGAAUCUGAUCUUUCAGGAUCAGCCUUUUCCCCCGAGCUGUGAGAGAGAGGUACCGGGCCCGACAUCUGGCGUGGGGAAUACACGGCUCAACAACCGCGAGCUGCCGUCUUGAAGUCGAGCCCGAGCCCUCUCUCAAAUCUCGGUUAAAAUUAAUCGGGAAGUCAGACUCCUCCCACAGAUUUAACUGAAAUCAAAGAGUAUUUAAAGAGACAGCAUUUGGAGAAGCUUCAGUCUGACUUAGGCUGCACUCUGUGGACACCUGCUGUAACUGCACCUCUCUCACACAGCUCUGAACAGAGGAGGCGGAUCCCUCUCUCAAAGCUCUGAAAGAAUAGUAUUAACGAGAGAGCACUUGUAAUAAGCACAGGAUCCAGACGAAGAAGACUGGAGAUGGCAGCUCAUACUUUGUGCAUUUUCUUACUUAUUGUCCACCUUCCUCUCGUAGGAGGCCUAGCUGUCGAUACAAUAUCAGGAGACCCAGUUCAGUUUCCAGAGACUGAACAGUGCAGGGAGAGAGGAGCGACACUUCAGCACACUUUGACAGGUGGAAGCAGUCAGGCUGUGGCUCGUCUGGAGGAUGUCUGGAAGCCGGCAGCAGGUUACAAAGACCGGAUGAGUCCAAACGAGUCUGUGGUCUUAAACAGGAGCAACAUCAACGACCAGGGACUCUACGGGUUAACCUGCGGCUCAGAGGAGAAACGUAUCCAUCUGAAUGUCAUCACAUCCUCGGAGAAAUCAGUGCCUGAGGGACAGGCUGCUGGAUUUACCUUCCACUACUUUACUGCAGGAGAACUCGGGAGGUACAGAGUGGAGAGAAACACACAGCUUGUGUUUGAGCUGGACCUCUCCUCCGGAAGCACCUCACAGGGCUCAGGGUUUGAGAACAGAACAUCUGUAGCCCCUCACUGGAGGUCCGAUGGAGACCUGACUCUGACCCUGCAGGGGGUGAAGCCCGAGGACCGAGGAGAUUACUUUCUCUACGUCCUCAAGGACAGAAAGAGGGGACAUCUGCAGGCUGUGAGGAUGAGGGUCAGCCCUGCAGUGAAUACACCAGAGGAGAGGAACCCGGAUCAGAUCACCUGCACCCCCCAGCCACCAUGCAAGGAGACCCUGUGGAUCCCCCUCAGCAUCACCGCUGCUCUGGUUCUGGUUGCACUUGGUGUUGUGUGUCGGCAGAGGAUCUGCAGAUCACAUGUCUCACCCGGUGGAGGAAGAUCUCUGACAGAAGAGGAGAGUCAACCCAUCACAGACCCUCGUGUUCCAGAAGAGAAUGGACAUGCUUCAUCAGCUUAAUAUUCAUUUAUAAUGUAUUUUAUUGUCACUGCACUUUCCCUUCGAUGCAACACUUUUCCCCUCUCUGGGAAAAUAAGGGAUUCUGAAUCUGAUCUUUUGCUUUGCCAAUAAAAUAAUCAAAUGUA